CUUUAACAUUAUCGGCAAUAGGAAUUGAUUUGGUACCUUGGAACCUCUAAGGUAACCUUUUUAUUAGAGUUAUCUCCCGACUUCGUCCGACCUUGAGACGAUGGCGACCGUCAGCAUUUUGCGAGCUUGCAGUCGAGGAUCUCGUUGCCUGUUGUAUCAGUUUCAGUAUGGCAUUUCUAAGCAGGCAAUUGCAACCAACACGCCUGCCAUGUCCAGCAGUGUUCCCGAAUUCCUGAGGGCACGGAGAGGACCAUUUACACCAAAGGAGAAGCGUGCUGGCGGUCACCUGAUGAUGGCGUCUACCCACUGGAAGGUUGAGCGGAUUGUCAUGCUCAGUAUGAUUCCAAUCAUGCCAGGAGCCAUCCUCUUUGCAGGUCCCAUCAUGGAUUAUGCGUUGUCUACGGUCGUUUUCCUCCAUGGAUUUUGGGGCAUUGAAGGAGUCCUCUCUGAUUACCUGAUGAAGUUUGUUCCCUGGGUUCAGUAUGUGUGGUACGGCAUCAGCAUUUUGGCUUUUGCUGGACUAAUUCACUUUAACUACAGUGAUGUUGGAGUCACUCAGGCCAUCAAAAUGCUGUGGUCAUUGUGAAGCGGCAGAAUAUUUGGUUUUGUAAACUAGUGCUCAGUGUAAACGUUUGACGAUGGGGGAAAUAAUGUAACAUGUUAAUGUUAAUAAAUGAAGUUUUAUUAAUAGUUGAAAUGACAAGCUUGCAUCUUCUUUAGCUGUUUUGCAUAUUUUAUGUUUCUAGUCUCAUUGCGUUGAUUCUUUAUUCAUAGUGAUCAAAAUUAUUUUUGUCUUAUAUGUUAAUCAAAUAUGUUACUAUUUAUAAUUAUAAAAGUUCUUCGACAAAGAUUAGUAAUUUCAGUCUAGUACACUGGCUUCCAAUAUUCACAAAACAUGAAUUAUUUUCUUAUACAUGUACAUGUGUAUUAAAAUAACCAUUUACUAAAAUUCCCAUUUACCUAAGUUUAAAAAGUUCACCUUUGGUUACAGUUUAACCAUUCAUAGCAGCAAUCACAGUAUAAGUAAUGGGCUAUUUCACAGAUCAAAAAAAAAAAAUGUUUUGACAAUGCACUCGACAGAUUUUAAUUAUGGUGAUUUGACAUUGAACCUAUGGUUAAGGACCACAAAGAUAAUUAGAGUGUACCACCGGUUCCCCGUUCAUGGGCUACUCUCUUUCAAUGGAAUGGAAUGGAAAAUGGUUUAACGUGCACAUUCAAAGCAAGCUGUUGUAGCGCACGCCUGUCCUGGGCACAAGUACCGGCCUGAGCCGGUUCCUCCGUCCAGGACAGGAAAGGGUUGGGGUGGGUGAAGGAGGGACCGCCUGCACUGGCAGGUGCAAGGGAGCACCAGCAGUCCAACCGUAGUUGGUAACAGGCGGGGGUCUUUUUCAAUCAGCAACAAUUUAUAAUGAACUAUCUCAAAUACAGAAUAGUACAUACUACAGCUUUUGUUACGCCAGAUGGGGUCACUAGCUGAUAAAUAGCUCAGCGAGCCCACCAACGAUUCGCAGAUUAAACGCUUGAUACCAUUAGCCAAGUGAUGUUUGUAUGUUCUUUAUGUAUGAUAUAUUAUCAUCCAUUUCUGUAUGCUCUAGCCCCAUUUCAUUUGUCAAUGAUCUCUGGAAUUAACAUGUUAUGCCAAUACAGAUUUAAGCUUG